AUGGUACCCUGGACCCAAAUCUUCGCUCAAGCAAUAGGGUACCGUUUGAACUGGGAUGAUCCACCGGACUCCUUCCAUCCCUAUCACCACUUUAGUAGACGAAGCAUUUAUAAUAAACUAGAAGUACUUUUAGAUAGCAAUGGUUUAAACGGUUUCCACUGCGUCCGCCGCGCCAUCUGUGAAACCAAUAUGAUCUCAGAGCCCAGAGGGAUUUAUUUCAAAAUAUUGAAGAUGGCCUUUAGACAGCAGUCUUCAGCGACAGACAAAUGGCAUAAUCACACAGCAGAAGAUUGUACAGCAUCAAUAUCUUCCUGUCCGUUCUCAAUGCUAGAAGUGUCUCCGUAUACAGAUCUCUAA